AUGCAAGAGGGCAAAAAAGUGUCAUUGAUGACAUCCAAACCUGAAGGUUCAGCUUCCACAGAUUCAUCAGCUCCUAAGAGUGAAACAAAACUCACUCUCGGAACCCUUCAUACAAAGAGUUCUGGUACUACAGGAGGAUUGAAAGGUUUAGGAUCUAAAAAAGAUAGUGUUGAAAUCUAUGCUCCUAAAAAUAGUGAAAUGGAAGCGUUUCUAAAGCCAACUCCAACGACAGGAAAAGCUCCAGAAUCAACCACUUCAUAUUCAUCAUCCAAUUACAGAUAUACACCUGUUAAAACAAAUGCAUCAUAUAUAUGCGAUAUAGACAUUUCUGGAGUAAAUUGCGAUGAUCUUUUCACUUACAAAUCCAAUUAA